AUGGACAUAGACGAUCCGCUGGCAGGUCAGUCCAGUCCGGGCAUGGCGCCUACUGGCAGUCUCUAUGACGUCGAAGCAGGCGCACCGACCAACAAGAGAAAGUAUCAAGAUCUGGUACUUCCCGACAGCGCAUCCCACGUCGCUGCCCAAGCCGAGUCCUCGCCGCCCCAUGCCUCUUCGUCUAUACCGCCAUCCUCCCCAUCGCGGCAGGAACGCUCUCGAUCGACCACGCCCGCACCUCCAACGAUCUCAGAAGCGCACAGAGCAUACAUCGCCCGCACCGCACCUCAUCUUCUAGGUCGUGCCUCAAACCCUUCGAGCUCCAGACCGCCGUCAAUACCUCCAUCUGGCAGAUCGAGCCCAACCUCUGACGAUGGCCGCUCGACCCCAGAUGGCUCAUCAUCGACACCAACCCCCGCCAAUCAGUCCCAUCACGCCUUGCCUGACGGCUACCGCGGUCCUCCGCUCCGUAAGAACGACUCAGAAGACUUUGCUCCGGCGCCUCAUCUCGCGCCAACGGUGGGCUCUUCCACUCUCUUCAACACCGUCAACUUCGCCGUCAAUCGCAACGGCUGGCGCUACACGGCUGCAGGACCAUCGAGUCAGCAACUCCCUCAGACCGUGUUCAAGACCCUCGAGACUCGUCCUGCUAACGUCCACUGGUGCUGGUCAGACCGAUCUCCUUUCACCAAGAUCUCCGCUGAUGCCGACAUCAUCUCCACCGACAAGGGCUUCCGCGGAGCGCGAACCAACAUCGGCGUGCGCGAAGGAGAAUGGUAUACGGAGAUCGAGAUCCUCCCACCAGAGCACCUCGCCCACGGCGUCGGUGCAGCAGGCCCGCUCCCAGGGCCCAUGAAGGAUGGUGCGCACAUUCGCCUCGGCUGGGGCAGGAGAGAGGCGCCGGUCAAUGCACCCGUCGGCUUCGACGGCUACUCGUACGGGCUCCGAGACAAAGGCGGAGACAAGGUCACCCUCUCCCGACCUCUGCCCUACGGCAAGCCCUUCAAAGCAGGCGAUGUCGUUGGCAUGUACAUCAAGCUCCCACCACACACACCGCCACAGGACGAAAACGAUCCGGCCAACAUCAAGCGCGAACGCAUUGCCAUUCGCUACAAGGGUCAAUUGUACUUUGAAAGUCUCGAGUACCCGCGGACGAGGGAGAUGGAACAGCUGAUGGAACGCAGCCGAAAGGGCAACAGCAUCGAGGAGGCUCUGCAGGGCAUCGAGGGUACGGGCGUGUUUGAGCCUCAAGCAACCAAAAGCUUGUCUGAUUCGGCAGAGGGCGUGAACGGAGUCGCGGGUGCUGCGAACGGCAACGGUUCCAGUGCAGCAACGGCAAGCGCAGGUGGAGCAGGCGGCGGAGGCUCUGCCAAGGUCAAGAAUCGCAAGAAUCCCGGCACAAAAGAAAAGCCGUCCGGUCCCACAACACCCUCGCUUCGACCUCUGCCCAAGCUGCUAGGAUCCAAGAUCGGCUUUUUCGUCAAUGGCGAACCGCAAGGCAUCGCCUUUGAAGAUCUGUUCGACUUUCGCCCACUCCGCGUCAAGGGCUUUUCUGGGCUCAAGCCGGCUCCCGCCAAAUCUUCGUCACGCCCGACCAAGCAGGAUGCCGCAAAGAAAGGCGACGCCACGGAGCCAAUCAUCAACGUCAAAGCGCGCGAGAACGUGUUCGACGACGGUGCGCUGGGCUAUUUCCCUUUUGUCUCGAGCUACGGCGGGGCGAAAGCGAGGCUCAUCACUGGCGAGAACGGGUUCCGCUUUCCGCCACCAGAUAAUAUCGAAGCGGCGUUGGAGAACGUCAUCCCGUCCUCGUCUUCGUCCACCAACAUCAAGCAGGAGGGAGCUACGCAGGGAGGGAGGACAUGGAAGCCGCUAUCCGCGCGCUUCGAGGAGCACCUCGCCGAGAUGUGGGCGCACGACCUGCAGGACGAAGUCAAAGCCCAACUCCUCGCCGACAAGAAGGCGGAGGAGAAAGCCAUCGAAGAUCAAAAAGAGGCAGAAAAGGCUCAGCGGAACAAGGCGCGAUAUGCAGCGGGCAAGAAGAAGCAUGCUGCUGCACUGGCGAGGGCUGCGGCCGGCCCUGCGCCGCUCCACGACGACGAGGGUGAUCGCACCGUCACGGGCAUGGAUGUGGACGAUGUCAAGCAGGAGUGGGAUGCGAGCAAUGGGGGUAGCAUCCAAGGCACUCCGGCUCCACCGACCGGCGUGGGGAUGGAGGAGGAAGAUGUGGCGCAUAGGGAGUCUACAGAGCCUGGAACACCACCGCUGCUCAGCAACGCGGAGCAUGGGCCUUGGUCAUCGUCCCGCUCCGCUUCGCCAGAGGACCAGAUUAGGCUGGUGCAGUCGUCACAUCACACGAAUGGGAGGGACGAAGAGGAUGUCGAGAUGCACGACGACGCUUCGCGACCCAAUUGA